AUGUCUUCGACGAAAAAUGCCCGCACUGGGACGACCAAAAGCACUAUGUUUGGCCUGCCCAGAGGACUGUCCUUACGCCUCUUCGACAACUCUUCACUGACCUCAGGCCUUUUUUCAUCUUCAUCUAAAUCCGGUGUACCGAACGGUUCUUCCGUUUCCGACCCCCUACCGAGAUCUGCUGCGCAACCCACCACGGCCGGGGCAAAAUUCGCGUCGGCUCAGAACACGUUUUUCCAUCCUGUUGCUGGUCAAUUGCCAACAAACUCUGCUGUCGAUAACAACUACGCCCGCAAGGGUCCCUCUGUAACUCAUGGGUACGGUGUCUACCCCGGCGGCUCUCGUUAUACAUAUAUUCUUGAGGCUUCAGUCUCGUCAAAAUCGGACCUUCAGUCUCUCUCGGAUCGUAUGUCACCGCACGAUGCCGACGAUGAUUCAAUCAUGUCGUUUUCUGGCGAGAUUUCCUCCGUUCGUGCAUGCAGUAGUACGGAGACGCUUCUGAGCACCUUGGCGUUGACUGCGGAAAACCACCAUGAUGACUCGGACGUAGAUGACGCUUUGCCAACUCAUCCGCCUAGCCGGAUAGUCCCAGCAAAUCUUCCUGCCCUCAUUGUCGCUCAGAAAUCCACCGGCUCCGGGAUUAUUAACCUUUCUCUUCCAGAAGGGUCCGGUUCAUCUUCAGACUCAGAUAGCGACAGCACCGCCGCUGGGGAGCCUUGUCGACAGAGAACGUACUGUUCGACAUCUGCGGCAAGACCGGAUCCCCGACAGAUUCAUCCUUCCAACGCUUACCCCGCCCGCUCUGCCGCACCUGCUGCCCUCCAUAGACAGGAUAUGGUUGUUCGGGACGAGCAACCUGGCUCGUCUCGCCAGUCAAAGCUCGACCGUCCUGUAGCAGACGGACGACAAGCCUUUCCGCCUGGCUUGUCAUCAUCACCACCACCCAGCCCCGUCGCUGACCGUCAUCCCGAAUUGCACAGCGCGCCUCCGCCCGUCCGCAGGGAGCGCAGAGAAUCAUUUUCCGUUCCAGCACCUCGUCCAAAUGAACCCCCCGUCUUAUCACGACCCCCAGAUGCACGCGUCGCUGGGCCCUCAUCGUCCGCUCCAUCGAGACCCCCACCACAGCGCAGCCGCACGCUUUCCGACCAGAGCCAGCGCCCGACACUACCCCCAUCAACACCGGCGGCAUCAAAUAGGAUGCAUCCGGCCGAUCCUCGAGACGUCGUGAGUGCGCCCGCGCAAAUCCCUCAAGCGGGAGCGCCCGCUCGGCCGCAGCCGAUCCUCAACACGCGCUGCGUGCGAUGGAACGAAAACCUGAUUUGUCCGUCUCCCAUACCCACCCACCAGCGCCGCAAAGGCUGGUUUAACCGCCGAGGAGAUCAAUUGUGGACGAACGUCGGCGCGUACAAGCCUGCACCGCAAGGCCAGGAAUACCCUCUCGACCUACAAAAUUACCCAGAUUACGGCGUAGGAUGGAUGAACGAAGAGGGCGUCCGAAUCGACAUGCAGCACCGACUCAUGCCCAAAGUACUACGAUCUGCGCUCAAACGCCCCAAGUACCCUCAGGGUCACGCGAAUAGCAUCUGA